CACUUUCCCAUAAAAUCCACAAACCAAUGAAUACAUGAUCUUCUAAGAUCUUACUGAUAUUCUAACCUCACUGCAAUCUCGUAAUAUAUACCAUCUGUGAACUUCACAGAUGUUAGUUUUGUUUCUUGUGUUAAAAAGGGUUUGUGGAAUACAGUUUUGCUGAGAACAUAAUAAUUGCAAGAAUUUAAUUUACCAUAAUUAAAUAUUUUUAAUUGUGGCUUCUAGUAGGGGUACUAGGUUGUCUUCUGAUCAUUCUGGUGCAUUUAUAGACUGGGUGGCUAGCCCUUCUUCUGGUGGUAGGGCUGCUGACCAGGACCUCUCUUUGGGCUAUCAUGCUGCCCCCGCCCCCGUGGUUGGUCAUGGGGGCGGGACAACGGAGUUCUGGUCAGCAUCAUCUGGUCGCCAGAUAAGUUAUGGCACUCCACAUGAAAUGGGGAUGUUUUAUCAUCCGCAUGCUCACUCUCUCAACACCACGGUUUCCACUGCCGCCGUUGUGACUAGUCAUGGUUUUAGCAGCGGGGGCGGUGGUAUUUCGGUGUUACCCUCAGGGUCUACUCUGAAUUGUCAAGACUGUGGGAACCAAGCUAAGAAAGAUUGUACCCAUCGGAGGUGUAGAACUUGCUGUAAAAGUAAAGGUUAUGAUUGUGAAACUCACGUGAAAAGCACGUGGGUACCUGCCGCUCGUCGUCGCGAACGUCGCCCUAUCACGUCCACCGGCUUUCCAGGAGCGGGUUCAUCAGUUUCUACCUCCGGCUUGAAGAAACCACGGCUCACUUCUCAUACCCCCACCCCAUCACACACUUCAACUUCAAAUACCACACCUCCAAGAAGCUUCGACACUAGUUCUAGUCAUCACCAAGAUGCAAGCUUUAUGAAAUCAUUGCCGGGUCAAGUGCGUGCUCCGGCGGUGUUCAAGUGUGUGAGGGUAACGACGGUAGAAGACGAAGCCGACGAAUAUGCUUACCAAGCAUGUGUAGUAAUUAGUGGUCAUGUGUUUAAGGGUUUUCUCUAUGAUCAAGGAGUUGAGCCAAGAGACCAAACCCAUGUUCCAAAUUUGUCUGAAUUGCAUCUAGGCGGUGGUGGCGGUGGCGAAGGACAGCAUGUGGGUGGCUCUUUAAGUACACAGCCACCACCGGAGUCACCGGUGGUGUACGGUUCCUCCGGUGGCGGAUUGCUUGAUUGACACCAUUAUUAAUUGUCGGUAUCUUUUGUUUUGUUGGGUUCUAUUAUAACCCCAAAAUGUUAUGGAAUCAAUUUUUGAAAUGGGUUCGGUCAGUUUGUACUAUUUAAGUGAUACUAUUUGUUGUCCAAUCAAAUUUUUAUUA